UUACGUCAAUGUAAGGCACACUACUAGUAAAAACAGAGCAUCCUCCUUUAUCCCACCAGUGUUUGUCUCACUCCAUCUCUCUCCCACCUGCUCUCUCCCCUCCUCCUCCUCAUCCCACCUCCCGUUUCUUCCCUCGCUCCGCUGCUGUGCAUUUCACAUUCAACCUCUUCUCACAUCUGGAUCUAUCCAUCAUCUUCCACCAGUCCUUCUCUGUGCACAAACGAGGGGAAUGCACGCAGCAUGUUGCAGGCUGCAGCUCUUUGGCUUCUGACACUUGUCACCCAGCUGCCCGAGACCACACAGGGUCCCCAUCAACGCUUUUUGCUCAGGGAGCUGCUGAGAGAUUAUAACCCCAUGGAGAGGCCCGUGGCCAAUGACUCCCACAGCCUCACCGUCCACUUCUCCAUCACGCUAAUGCAAGUCAUGGAUGUGGAUGAAAAGAACCAGAUUCUCACCACAAAUAUCUGGCUGCAGAUGCAGUGGUAUGAUCACUACUUGCAGUGGAAUCAGUCAGAGUACCCUGGAGUUAAAAACCUUCGCUUUACCGCAGAUCAAGUAUGGACACCUGACAUAUUCCUAUAUAAUAGUGCUCACGGCAAAUUUGAUGGCACCUUUAAGGCCAACGUGCUGGUAAACUCCAGUGGCUUCUGUGAGUAUCUGCCUCCAGGAAUUUUUAUCAGUACCUGUAACGUGGACGUGCGCUGGUUUCCCUUUGAUAUUCAGCGAUGCGAAUUGAAGUUUGGCUCCUGGACGUUUGACGGCUGGCUGCUGGACAUCCAGAUGAAGGAGGCAGACGUGUCGGGAUACAUGCCCAGUGGAGAGUGGGACCUACUGGAGGUACCUGGCGGUCGUCAUGAGGUUUUCUAUGAGUGUUGCGCAGAGCCUUACCCUGACGUGACCUUCGUGGUCACCCUACGACGGCGGACCCUGUACUAUGCUCUCAACCUCCUCAUUCCAUGUGUGCUUCUCUCAUCCAUGACACUGCUGGUCUUCCUGCUCCCGGCCAACUCUGGCGAGAAGAUCAGCUUGGGCAUUACCGUUCUACUUUCCCUGACAGUCUUCAUGUUGAUGGUUGCUGAGAUCAUGCCCGCUACUUCAGAUUCCAUCCCACUCAUAGGUCAAUAUUUUGCCAGCACCAUGGUGAUUGUUGGAAUGUCCGUUGUGGCGACAGUCUUUGUCCUUCAAUUCCAUCACCAUAACCCCAAGAAUGGGAAAAUACCACAUUGGGUUAACCUGGUUUUGCUGCAGUGGGUUCCUUGGUUUCUCCGGAUGAAACGUCCAGGUGAUGGAGCCGAACAAGAGCUUCAUCACAGCCAGGGAGAAAGUCAGAGCAAAAGCCUGUCUUCACCUGCCACCACCACCCAGCUGACCUCCAUCCUCCCUCAGAGCCUCGCCUCCCUUAGAGCCAGCCUGGCUCAGCUCCACCACUCAGCACCACACGGGUGCAUCAUUCUCCCACAUGCCAUCCACAGAGAACCGAGCCCUAAUUUUCAUCCUCAACCGAAUGGUCAUCUGCCCUACAUGGGGUUUCAGACCUUUCCGUCCACAGCAGAACUGGAAACUCAGAGUCACAGUCAAAUGAGAGGCUCCUACGCACCAGCAGGCGAAGAUGGAGAAGCAUUAGACGGAGGGGGAGAUAUGCCGAGUCAUCCACAUCUUUCAUUUGGCAAAUCGCAGGAAACGCCAUUGUCGCUAAACCCUGUCUCAACAACCACGUCUCCAGGGUCGUGUGGAGAAGAUGCUGGGAUGGGCUUAGGGAGGGCUGAUCCCUCAAAUGCCCAAAGUGGUCUGAAUGGAAGCAGGGAAGUGGACAACCAGCUCAAGGCUCUUCUCACGGAAGUGCAGUUCUUGGUAGAACGGGUUCGCGAACAGGACCGGCAGCUCAGUCUCGCCGAGCAAUGGCAGUUUGCCGCAGCCGUCAUCGACCGCCUGUGUCUGGUCGGAUUCAGCAUUUUCAACAUCAUCUGCACCAUCGCCAUUCUCAUGGCCGCACCUAACUUUGGAGAAGCUCUGGCCAAAGACUUCCUCUGAGAGACAACCAGACAGACUGGACAAAGCAAGCACAAUUGCUGUUCAUGUUUUUUUAAGACACAUUUGCCGUUUGCUGUUUGACCAAGCAACAUAAACGAAACCGGAAGACAUGAGAACUGCAUGAAAAAUGUGUCAUGUGACAUAUCAUGUCGCAUACCGCAUGCAUGAACAUGAAGUCUGAGCUCUUCAAUCUUUUUUUUUUUCCAUUGGCAAAUAAAACAAACUGCCCACAUU